GCAAAUCACAACGAUUCGUUGAAGCUAGCACACACACAUUCCCCUUUCGGCCUGUUACAAAAUUCUUAAAAAUUCGAAAAUCGUAAAAUAAAUCGAGGAAAAUUGAAAAAUUAACAAUAGCCAAUAGCCAACAACGAAUCGCCACGAUGACCUGCACAUUGGUACUCCUGAUUGCCAGCAUUCUGCACUUCGGAAUGCGUGGCAGUUGUCUGCUGGACAUAGAGCGAUUCCCGGUGAUUCCCGGCACCAUCUACGCCGGCCACAUUGCCUACUGCGCCAUCCUGUACUUCCUGCACGACAUGGAGAUCCUGCCCACGCGCUAUCGAAGCCGGAUGGGCUGGCUGACCGCCUUCCUGAUCGAACUGGUGCUGGGCGUGGCCUUCAUGGAGGUCCUGGCCCUUUGGCUCUGGUGCAGCGUGGAGCACAUCCUCCACCUGUCCACCCGGUUCGUGCUGCGCCGCUACCUGGGCGUCUCCACCGAAGUCUACCUGCGCUGGGAGUGGGCCAUCAUGGGUGGUCUGAUGACCACGCUGGCGGCCAUGCUCUGGAUAAACGCCUACGAGGCCACGGAGACAACUCAGGCAGAGAGGGUGUCAAGGAGCAAGGACAUCCGGAUGAAGGCGGUGCUUUGCCAGCGGGAGGAGAAACAGAAACGGAAGCAGGAUCAGGAUCUGGAGAAGGUUGAACAGCCUGCUCCGGAGCCAGAGGAGUCACAGAAUCCUGAUGAAGUCCAGCUGCCGGAGAAUCAUCUGCAGCUGCUGGCCACCACCACUGAUUGCUAGCCCGUUGUGGUCGCCUCCUGCAACCUGUGCUGCUGACAAAAAGGACUUCGCAAAGCGGCCUCAAUUAGACGAACGAUCAUGCCGGGAGCAGACCAGACGGAGCAAAUGUAUUUAUUCCAGCCAGAUGGACUCGAAAGGCUCUAAAUACCGUGCCGAAGGAUACUGGGAAUGGGGAGCGGGGCGAAAUGAUGGACUGCAGUAAAAUGUCUAUGAAAAUUGACUUGGUGUCCUGGCAUUGAGAGGCAGUCGGGCGGAAGGAGCUGCCAGCGCCUGGAUGCGCGUCAAUUGACAAAUUGUCGGCUCGACUGGCCCCUUCCUCCUGGUCUUGCCCUGCUCCCCUUGCUCACCGUUCUAGCCUUGCUCAACUGCCCAAAACCAAUACGAAUGCCAAAAUGCCAAAAAUACAAUCCCGGGCAAUUUUAGACCCAAACAAAGCAGAAAG